UGCAGCGGACGGGGAAAUAGCGCAGACGUUCACGUGAUUCCCUUUUUAUUCGGGCAGUCCGCUGGUGCGUUUUGCUUCUUGUUUUUUUACCCACCGCGCCUUUGCGAGAGUGCAGCUGAUGUGCGGCCCGUCACAGCCGGCAGAUUGUCUAGUUGCACCGUAACGUCGCUGCGAUCUUCUCUCCCGGUUCGACAAGAGCGGCCGAGCUUCCUACAAACCGCCGGCGAUGUCUACGACUUCAGACGUACUACCGCCCGACGCCCCGGCGCCGCGGCUCUGCCACCUCGUCAAGAUCGCUUCCUUCGAAGGCUACGGCUUCAACCUCCACGCCGAGAAGUCCAAGCCGGGACAGUUCAUCGGCAAAGUGGACCCGCACAGCCCCGCCGAACUGGCGGGGAUGCUCGAAGGCGAUCGGAUCGUCGAAGUGAACGGCGUCAACAUCGCCAACGAGAACCACAAACAGGUGGUCGAACGAAUCAAGUCCGUGCCCGAUGAGACCAAGCUUUUGGUGGUGGACAGUGCGGCGGACGCCUGGUACAAGGACCGCAAGAUUGUGCCCCGAGGAACGCAGGAUAACGUGCGCUACAUCCGGACUCCGGCGGACGGCGUUCCUCAGCCCAACGGCCACCACCACGAGGAAACGACGGCAGCCAACGGAGACGUUAUCCGAAAAGUAAGCCCAGCUUCUCGACCGUAUGAUUUGUCGCGCGCGUUCACCCGAUACCUACGGAGCUUGUAA